AUCUCAUCACUCAAUACAUGCGACCAGACACACGACAAAUCAAAACACGUAAAUAAACAAGUUUUAAUUAUCGGCAACUAAUUGUAUACACCGACUGGGGGAUACCGUCUUUUUGUUCGACGCUAGUCAUAAUUAAAUGAAUAAAUUACUUAUUGGAGAAGUGAAUUUUUUUUCAAAUUUUAGUUGAAAACGAUCAACGUUUUAGUUACGUUUUCGGCUUUACGUUCGUCGCAUGUGAUCUAAACUAUUGUGAUGUAUUCCGAACAAUAGAAUAGUAAAGAUUUCAAAAAUUUUAGUUUUGUUUUUGUGUAAACUCUUGACGACUUAUAAUUGGUAAAUUAUGAAAGGAAUAUUUAUUUUGUUGUGUGUUUUGUGUGCGGUUUGGGUUGAUGGUCAGUCAGCAGAAGGUGAAAGAUGUACCACUCGAUCUGGUCAGUCUGGUAUUUGCUCAAAAAUUUCUGCAUGCAUUCCUGUUCAGAAUGACAUACGCCGACGAGUUACAAACCAUGUCGUAUGCGGAUAUGACGGAUUUGUGCAGAUCGUUUGCUGUCCGAGCGCAGAGCCGGUGACUGUACCAACAAGGCAACCGAUUUCGACACGCAUCAGUGCCAGAAAAUGUGACGAGUACAACGAAUUUUCAUUCAAUAAGAUUUACGUAUCAAAUACAUUCGGACCGCCAGUGGAAAAGAAAGUGUCGAACUGUGCAUUCACAGCAGUGCCGUUAAUUGUGGGCGGCACAGAAGCCAAAAUUCGAGAAUUCCCUCACAUGGCCUUGAUUGGAUUUGAAGAUGGGACCAGCAUUCAUUGGGACUGCGGUGGUACACUGAUCAGCGAGCAGUACGUUCUGAGUGCGGCUCAUUGCUUCGACACACGAGACUAUGGCCCAGCCAAGUACGUUCGAUUAGGCGAGUACGACCAAAAUCGCGUUGACGAUGGCACAGCGAUCGAUCUCCGUAUAAUUCAGAGUAUUCCACAUCCCGAAUACCGAUAUCCAAUACAGUACAAUGACAUCGGCUUAUUCAAGCUGGAACGAAGAGUUGAACUAAGUGGCGCAAUUCGACCGGCAUGUUUACCGCAAGUUUCGGCUGUUCCCACUAAAACUGCUAUUGCAUCUGGAUGGGGAACAGUCACCUGGAGAGGCAAGCAGAGUAAUGUGCUGCUGAAGGUAGUUCUGGACAUGUUUUCGCAGACGGAAUGCAACAGCACUUAUAGAACCGACAUCAAUCGAAAACUGAACAGAGGUAUAAUGGAAGAGAGUCAAGUCUGUGCUGGUUCUCAUACCGAAGAAAAGGACAGUUGUCAGGGCGAUUCUGGCGGACCACUUCAAAUUUAUCACUCGACUCACUCAUGCAGCUACACUGUCGUUGGUGUCACGUCGUUCGGAAAGGCUUGCGGCACGAUUGGAACUCCUGGUGUUUAUACUAGAGUUUUUGCCUAUUUGAAUUGGAUUGAAAAAAUUGUUUGGCCAAAUCAGUAAACGGAAUAAACGACAUGACUCUUCGGAUGUGUGAACCCUAAAA